UGCGCGGACAGAGUACUGAAGCUCCCAAGUUUAGCCGCCGACAGUGCGAUGAGGCCCCCCGUUCCCGCUUGAGUCGAAGCAGUCGAGACACCGGGAAGGAAGCUCGUCAUGCCCCCCGGGCUCCGCGUCCUGAUUCCGGCGGCGGCCGCGCUCCUGCUCCUCGCCGGCGGCGCCGCCGCCGCGGUGGGUGGCCGCGCGAGGAAGAAGGUGGCCCGGACCCGCUCGUGUCUGGACCUUCCCGAGGAGAUCCUGGAGCAGAUGUUCGGUCGCCUCUCGGUCGGCGUGCUGAGCGCCUUCCACCACGCCCUGCAGCUGGAGCCCCGAGACAGGGUCAACCUGAGCUGCCCCAGCGCCGCCUCCGCGCGCUCGUGGUCGGCUGACAGCAAGAGCAAACUCCCAGUCAACCUGCUCAGUGUCUCCCCCUGGGCCUACAGGAUCUCGUACGACCCGAACCGAUACCCUCGUCACAUCCCGGAGGCAUACUGCCUGUGUAACGGUUGCCUGACGGGACCUCAGCGACAGGAGACCCGACAAUAUCGCAGCACUCCUGUCUACGCGCCCUCCGUGGUCCUCAGGAGGUCCGGUUCUUGUGUCGGAGGCCGGCACUCGUACUCGGAGGUGUACGUGUCCAUCGCGGUGGGCUGCACUUGCGUCCCCCUGCUGCACAAGGACCGGACGCUCCAGAACGCCACCCGGACUCUGGACUCUUGGAAGACGGCCAAGACCAAAGCGGCACGCCCAUGGGGAUGAAGAUAAGUCAUCAUCUACUUACUGACAUUUGGGUACACUGGCAUAGUUGAUACUUUAUCGAAAUAAUAAGCAGAUCUUCUGUAUGCCUUAAGAAAGGAGCCAAUUAAAUAAGAGCAUUU